AUGGCUUUUACAGGUGUUCAUGCUCCUUUAAGAACUGAUACCAGUUUGAGAAUAAAAUCUGAUGAUGAAUAUCAUAAAGGCGUUAGUCCUCUUGAACGUUUGCCAAUCAAUAUUAUUCAGACAGUAUGCUUAGAUUAUAUGCAUGUGGUCUGUUCAGGUGUUAUGAAAAGGCUUUUAAAGUUUUGGGUGCUAGGAUCACAACAAGUUAGAAUGCUUAAAACAAACUUAGAGCUUUGCAACACAGAAUUAAUUAAAUUAAGAGAAUAUUUUAAUUCUGAAUUUUCUAGACUGCCUAGAUCUUUAAAUGAUAUACUUUUCUAUAAGGCUACUGAAUUCAAAAUGUUUUUAUUAUAUACUGGACCAAUUAUAUUAAAAGGAAGGAUAAAAAAAAUGUAUACCUACAUUUUAUGA